AUGGAGCUGUCCCCCCCCAGCCCUCCCGAGAUGCUGCAGUCGGAUUGCCCGUCAGACCUGGAGCUGAAGUCAGCCCCCAGCAAGAAGAUGUGGAUUAAGCUUCGGUCUCUGCUGCGCUACAUGGUGAAGCAGUUGGAGAAUGGGGAGGUAAACAUUGAGGAGCUGAAGCAAAACCUGGAGUACACAGCUUCCCUGCUGGAGGCCGUCUACAUAAAUGAGACGCGGCAAAUCUUGGACACGGAGGAUGAGCUGCAGGAGCUGCGGUCUGACGCGGUGCCUUCGGAGGUGCGGGACUGGCUGGCCUCCACCUUCACCCAGCAGGCCCGGGCCAAAGGCCGCCGAGCAGAGGAGAAGCCCAAGUUUCGGAGCAUCGUGCACGCGGUGCAGGCUGGGAUCUUCGUGGAACGGAUGUUCCGGAGAACGUACACCUCUGUGGGCCCCACCCAUUCCACUGCGGUCCUCAACUGUCUCAAGAACCUGGAUCUCUGGUGCUUUGAUGUCUUUUCCUUGAACCGGGCAGCUGAUGACCACGCCCUGAGGACCAUUGUUUUUGAGUUGCUGACUCGGCACAACCUCAUCAGCCGCUUUAAGAUUCCCACUGUGUUUUUGAUGACUUUCCUGGAUGCCUUGGAGACAGGCUAUGGGAAGUACAAGAACCCUUACCAUAACCAGAUCCACGCAGCUGACGUUACCCAGACGGUCCAUUGCUUCUUGCUCCGCACAGGGAUGGUGCACUGCCUGUCGGAGAUCGAGGUCCUGGCCAUCAUCUUUGCUGCAGCCAUCCACGACUAUGAGCACACCGGCACCACCAACAGCUUCCACAUCCAGACCAAGUCGGAAUGCGCCAUCCUGUACAAUGAUCGCUCGGUGCUGGAGAAUCACCACAUCAGCUCUGUUUUCCGAAUGAUGCAGGACGACGAGAUGAACAUUUUCAUCAACCUCACCAAGGAUGAGUUUGUAGAGCUGCGGGCCCUGGUCAUCGAGAUGGUGUUGGCCACAGACAUGUCCUGCCAUUUCCAGCAAGUGAAGUCCAUGAAGACGGCCUUGCAGCAGCUGGAAAGGAUUGAUAAGUCCAAGGCCCUGUCUCUACUGCUCCAUGCUGCUGACAUCAGCCACCCAACCAAGCAGUGGUCGGUUCACAGCCGCUGGACCAAAACCCUCAUGGAGGAAUUCUUCCGCCAGGGUGACAAAGAGGCAGAGUUGGGCCUGCCCUUUUCUCCGCUCUGUGACCGCACUUCCACUCUCGUGGCACAGUCCCAGAUUGGUUUCAUUGACUUCAUCGUGGAACCCACGUUCUCUGUGCUGACUGAUGUGGCCGAGAAGAGCGUCCAGCCCAUGGGGGAGGAAGACUCCAAGUCGAAAACCCAGCCCAGCUUCCAGUGGCGCCAGCCUUCUCUGGAUGUGGAAGUGGGAGACCCCAACCCCGACGUGGUCAGCUUCCGCUCUACCUGGAUCAAAUACAUUCAGGAGAACAAGCAGAAAUGGAAGGAACAGGCAGCAAGUGGCAUCACCAACCAGAUGUCCAUUGACGAGCUGUCCCCCUGUGAGGAAGAGGCCCCAGCCUCCCCUGCUGAAGAUGAGCACAACCAGAACGGGAAUCUGGACUAGCCUGGGGCUGGCCCAGGUCCUCACCGAGUCCAAAGUGUUCAAUGUCAUCAGCACCAUCUAUCGGGACUGGCUCCCCCAUCUGCUCCAAGGGAGUGUGGACGUCGAGGAACAGACAACCCACCCGAAGGACAAAUGCCAGAGAUUGUGGGAUUGGGGAAAGGGCCUGUCCCCACCCGACACCCAUUGGGGCGCAAGUUAAUCUCCCGGCGGCAAGACCGGGGAACUUCAGGCUCCCAGUGGCCACUGUGUCCAUCCCCCCCUGCCUCUGGACUCUCCCUAUGACCAGAUGACCGGCUGGAGGGGAGCUUCCGGGAGGC